AUGCCGAUAAUCGACACCUCCAAAGAUCUGGCAGCCCUGUUUGCCGACCAAGUUGCAGCCACCCCAGAUGCACCUGCUCUCGAAGACGAGCACGCAACCUACUCGUAUGCCCAACUCGCCGCCAAGGUUAACGAACUUGCAGCCCGCUUGAAAAAGUAUGGCGUUCAGAGAGAUAGUCUGGUUGGCGUUCUCUUACCACGCAGUGCCGAUUAUGUGAUUGCCUGUCUUGCAGCACUCGAAGCUGGUGGGGCCUAUUUGGUGCUCGAGUUGGCAUACCCACCCGAUUUGCUCGCAGAUGCUAUUGACGAUGCAAGGCCCGUGGUAGUCAUAACGAAUGUUUCCGAGACCGGGAAAAUCAAGCAGGGAAUUACCACCAUUGCCCUUGACGAAGUGGCUUGUACGAAUGGUCACCACGACCCAGCUGAGUUGGAAGCUGAAGUCAAUGGCCACGAAGCCAAUGAAGACGGGAAGACCGCAUCCAACGGCCAAUCCCCAGUCAACGACCUCGAUCGAUUGGCUUUUGUAGCAUACUCAUCAGGAACCACUGGUCGUCCCAAAGGCAUCGCGAAUCCCCACCGGGCAUCAGUCCUGUCAUACGACUUGCGUUUUGGCAUCUCCGACGUCCGACCCGGCGAUCGGGUUGCGGCCAACGUCUUUUUCGUCUGGGAGAUCAUACGUCCUCUACUGCGUGGCGCUACUGUAAUCACCGUGCCGGACGAAAUGAGCUACGAUCCCUCGACUCUCAUCGAGCUGCUCGCCUCGAGACGUGUGAAUGAAACUCUGAUGACACCCACACUUCUGGCCGCAGUGUUGACCAGAUACCCAGACUUGGGAUCUCGUCUCAAGGAUCUCAGGACCCUGUGGCUGAACGGGGAAGUCGUCACCACUGAGCUUGCCCGCUGGGCGUUGAAGGCUCUGCCCCAAGUCCGCCUUCUCAAUUGCUACAGCGCCUGUGAGACCCACGAGAUCGCAUGUGGAGACAUUGGUCAGAUGCUCGAGGAUAGCACCGUCAGUCAGGCGGUGAACUGUCCGGUUGGCCAACCGCUGGAGCCAGAGAAUAUACACGUUCUGGAUGAGAAUGGUAAGGAGGUUGAGCGUGGAACCACAGGAGAGCUGUUUGUGGGUGGCGCUCUUCUCGCCCGCGGCUAUCUCAACCGGCCUGAGACGACGGCGGAAGCAUUUGUAUCGGACCCUUUCAGCUCGRUUGAGGGCGCUCGUAUGUACAAAACCGGUGAUCUCGCCGUGCUGCUACCUUCUGGCCUCUUGGAAAUCAGCGGUCGUCUUACUGGCCUGAUCAAGCUGCGCGGUUACUCCGUGGUACCAGGGAAGGUGGAAGGUACUAUUCACGACCAUUUGGCUGUCAAGAACUGCGUGGUGGCUGCGCACGGAGACGGGCUCGACCGACAGCUGGUUGCGUACUUCGUACGAGACACAGAUGUCUCUUCUGAUCGACCCGCCGUGGAGGUGGACGAGCUGGGUCACAGCCCAUCGGCAAGGAAGAGCAUCUCAGCCUACUUGGCUCAAUACAUGCUUCCCACAAUAUGGAUAGAGCUUGAAUCUAUACCAACUCAUCCAGUUUCUGGCAAGGCCGAUUUCAAAGCACUUCCUGCUCCACCUACUGCAAAGAACGUACUUCCCGAAGUGGUCAAGGAUCCCAUCGGGAUCGAUGCCGUCGCUGAAGUAUGGAGCGAAGUACUGGGAGCACCGAAGAGUGCGCUGAAGAAGGACACCAACUUUUUCGAUCUUGGAGGACAUUCACUUUCUUUGGCAGAACUUGCAGGCAAGCUGUCGCGGGCAUUCGGCUUCCGUAUUCCAGCUGGACGCCUGGCUUCCCCGGCGACCCUCGAGAGUCAUCUUCACACUGUCCGUGAGGUCCGGGAUGGACAAAUUGCCGCCGUGCAGGCCGAUCUACCCGCAGCUCUGCGACGAGACACCAGACUUGACUUUGAGCCCAAGGAGGGAUCGAAAUUCAAGACACUGAAAGACGCCAAGACGGUACUUCUUACCGGUKUCACAGGCUUCUUAGGAGCAUUCCUUCUCAGUGACUUGAUGCAGAACACCUCCGCUCGAGUCGUGUGCAUUGUCAGGUCUCCCCAGCCCUCGGACGAAGAUAAGCCUCGAGCCACCGCAGCCAUGCGGAAGAACUUGAUCGGGUUCGGCAUUUGGCAAGACUCCAUCAUGGAACGUGUUGAAGUUCUACCUGCAAACCUCGAGCGAAAGCGGUUGGGUCUUCCGCAGGAUGUUUUUGACGACCUUGCUAGCCGCGUUGAAGUCAUUGUACACGCUGCUGCAUCUGUGAAUCUUGUGUACCCCUACGCGGCUCUUCGAAACGCAAACGUGGAAGGUACAAGAGAGAUUCUACGGUUGGCCUGCAUCGGUGGUGCAACAGUCCAGUACGUGUCGACUAACGGCGUCCUACCGGCCUCGCAAUCAGGCCAUGGCUGGCCGGAAGACUCGAUGCUAUACGUCGAUGCAGUUCCAGAGAAGAUCCCCGAUGGCUACGGCCAGAGCAAAUGGGCUGCCGAGCAGCUGGUGUUGGAAUCAGGACGCCGUGGCCUACCGGUUCGUAUCCUGCGGGCCGGGACGAUCUCUGGCCACAGUGCGACAGGAGCAGCGAACGCAUGGGAUCUGCUGACGGCGCUAUUUGUUGAAUCGAUACAUCUCGGAUACUACCCAGACGUAGAAGGCUGGCGUGCGGAGAUGACUCCAGUGGACUUCGUGGCAAAGGCGAUUGUUCAUCUUGGAAACCAAGCUCAUGCUAAGCAGCUCGUCUUCCAUCUCGGCGAUCCAAGCCCCGUUGAUGCGAAGACAGUAUUUGAUCAUUUCGCCGAGUUGGGUUAUGCCACUCAGCCGUUGCCCUUUGAAGACUGGGUAGCUCUAUGGACUGAGAAGAGAGGUUCCGCUCGAGGUGGCGAGGGAGCCUUCUGUGUCGAUAUCCUUCGCAGCGGAAUGCCCAGUGUCGACUUUCUCCGGGACAUUGUCGUUUUGAAUAACGCACAAACUCGACCAUUCCGCGCCAUUGUGGAGAGACCAAAAGUCGAUUGUCGCCUGCUAGAGACCUACACACGGCAUUGGUUUGCACGAGGAUGGCUCAAAACCCCACCAACUCAGCACUUCGCGCUCGGCGGCUCUUCCCGCGCGGUUCGCAAGAGCAUGCUUGCCGGCAAGGUCGCUGUGAUCACAGGCGCUUCAAGUGGCAUAGGUGCAGCAGUCGCAGCAGCGCUGGCCAAAGAGGGCUGUCAUCUUGUCCUUGCCGCUAGGAGAGCCAAGGUCCUCGAAGAUCUGAAGCUUCGUCUGGCCGUCCGUGAUGGCAAGGUAUUGACCAAAGCGACCGAUGUCAUAGAUAAGAAGGCCGUUGAUGCUCUGUUCCGCGAGACUGAGUCCGAACUCGGACCCAUCGACAUUCUUGUGUCUUGCGCUGGAGUCAUGUACUUUACGAUGAUGGCCAACGCACAGACUGAGGAAUGGAACCGCACAGUCGAUGUCAAUUGCAAAGGCCUUUUGCACUGUCUUUCCAACAUCGUGCCUCCUAUGAUUCAGCGAGGUAGUGGGCACAUUGUAGCAAUCUCCAGCGAUGCUGGGCGGAAAGUUUUCCCAGGUCUGGGUGUUUACUCGGCCAGCAAGUUCUUCGUCGAAGCCACGCUCCAGGCACUGCGGGUCGAGACGGCCGGAAAGGGUCUUCGAGUGACCAGUGUCCAGCCGGGAAACACGGAGACGGAUCUGCUGGGCAUGUCUACUGAUGCGGAGGCGAUUGAGGCCUAUGGAAAGCCUUCGGGAGCGAAGAUUCUGGAGCCUAGUGAUGUCGCUGCAUCGAUCGUGUAUGCUCUGAAACAGCCUGAGCAUGUCGCGGUCAACGAGAUUAUGAUCGAGCCGAGGGACGAACCUAUCUAG